GAUACUCUUUCGACGAGUCUGCCAUUAUUUCAUCUCAGAAUGGCAUCUGUGGCUUACUAUGAGCUUUACCGUGGCAGCAGCCUCGGGUUAUCCCUCACCGAUACCCUCGACGACCUAAUCAACGAAGGCCGCAUCGAACCCCAGCUGGCAAUGAAGAUCCUCGGGACCUUUGACAAGAUUGUCACUGAAGUCUUGGCGGACAAAGUCCGGGCCAGACUGACCUUCAAGGGCCACCUGGAUACCUACCGAUUCUGCGACGAAGUCUGGACCUUCCUGAUCAAGGAUGUCUCGUUCAAGCUGGACAACCAGACAACUGUGUCCGCGGAUAAGGUUAAGAUUGUGAGCUGUAAUAGCAAGCGGCCUGGUGAGGUGACAUUGCCCUGGCUUCGCGCCGAAAAUAACAUCCCCGUGAAAAAAGUGUCAACGCCGCGAAAGCGCGUGAAGACGGAACCCAGUCCUGAUCGCGACCUCACUCCCAAAAACCCUCGAGUUUUCUCCCCAAGACGCGAUUUCUUCAGAUCCUCCCAAAGCCCGCCGACCUCUCCUAUCAGACGCUGUCCCUCCGAAGAAUUUUUGGUGGAAGGAAUUCAACAUGAUGAUGGCUGGGUUAUGGUAGAAGAUGAGUUCUACGCCGUCGCGCAAGCAUUUACUCAACAUCUACAUCAUGCGGAGUACCUACGACGGAGAAAGCAAGUGAAAGCCGAAAAUGCAGCCGGAAUGAAGGAUAUUGAGAGGCCUACCGACAAUCGUACCCCACUGUCGAAUGAAGUUGAACGAAGAAGACAAGCCGAAGCGCUGAGGGAGCGACAAAAAGCCGGGCUCGCGCAGAUCGGAGACGGAGGAGUCGACGAGAAAGAUGAAGAUGAAGAUGAUGAGAGAUGGGCUGGAACACAUCUUCACGAUCUCAUGACGAGCCCACGAAAAACACGAUCCUUAGCGGGAGUCUAUGCACCUAGGUCCUCUACUAGAGCUGCUGCGGGCUUUGGGCAGGCGCCUACUUUAGGUACUAGACGAACCCGGGUGAACAGUAUCGGGAGUGUGGCUGCACCAUCAAGAGCAGCAGAAGUUCCAGGGAUUGAGCUGGACGAAGAGACGGCCUCGGGUUCGGAUGACGAUGACGAUCUUGGCCUAGAAACAAAGCCAGUGGUGCUGCCGCCAAAACGAACAAAUGCCACUCUGCGCAAGAGUCAAACUCACGUUCAGACAACACAACGAGGCUGGCAGCAAUCUAAAAUACAAAGCACUUUUACGUCAAAGCCGAAAGCGAAACCGACACACGGACGACCCAGUCCAGCGAAUGCGUAUAAAUCUCGAGUUCAAUCGCUUUUUGAUGACCUUGAUGAACUACCGGAGUCAUCUCGAAUAAAUAACUCUAUCUCUAACAAGUCCAGUGAACCGACUGCAAGACAAUCGCCUGUAGCAGGCGGAGGGAACAACUUAAAUGCAAAAAAAUCCCGGCACAAUGAAGUGCCCACCUUCUUGGUGUGA